CGCACCAACAUCGAGAAACGAUAGGUUGAUGCUCACACAUCUUUUUGAUCCUCGUUGACUGGUUAGUAUUCCUCCAAUAUUUCAUCUUAGCGGCCCGCCUUGAUAUGAAUCAGCGCAUUGUAACAGUCCGUUACCAGCAGUCUAUCGGGAUUGUUUGUCGGCAUGGAGUCUUCAGCAAAGGGCAAGGAUUUGCCACUUACUGAACGAGGUAGAAGAACCGCCAACGCAUGCCUACGAUGUCAACAGAAAAAGAAACGAUGCGACGGCAACAUUCCUCAGUGUACCUCCUGUGCAGAGCGCCAUUUGACUUGUAUUUACCAGGGAGUGAGACGGAGAGGUCGAGGGAAAACGAAAGCCCAUUUAGGGAAGCUCGAGGCUCGAGUUACGGAAUUAGAGGCUUCUCUGCGCCGUGCGGCAAAUGUUCCUGUGGGGUCGGCAAACAAUACCAUGGCGUGGGCAGAGGAACAGCUGGCACAGACGGCCUCGGGAACAUGCGAGAACAGGACUGAGUCUACUUUAUCAGGUGCGGGGAAUUUCCUCACCACUGCCUCCCACAAUGAACGGAGGAACGAGCCGAUUUAUUGUGAGUCAGAAGCAAGGCUCCCUGGGCCAUCGAUAAUAUCUGAUGGUCACGAGAGGGAAAAAUCGGCUCUUAGGGAGAAGUUGUUCAGAAUGUUUCCGGAGCAAAACGUGAGAAAGCUCAGGUUGGAAGCAAACCGCGGCCCUUUCACCAGCUCGGUCUUUAUCCAACUUCCUCAAAAAUUCCAGCUCCAAUCCAUGUUUGAGGUGGCCUUUACUGAGGCCAAUCAUGUCCUACCGCUAUUUGAUGUCCCUGUCCUAAGGGAUCUUCUGGAACAACACUAUUCAGACCCUACUGUUUCACCAGGGAAGCAACCUGGACGCUGGGCCAUGUUGAAUGCUUCGAUAGCGGUCGCGAUUCAGCUACGGACCGCCAGGGGCUCGUAUAGUGAGAUGACAGAACUGUCGUGGCACUUCUUCAAGAACGCAUUCAGCAUGUAUUCAGUCAUUGCCCUACGAGCGGCAGACGUUUUGGGCCUAGAAUCACUUCUUGCCAUGGCUAUAUAUACGCAGGGAACGAGUGAUGUGCGAACAACGUCCGUUCUCGUGUGUGCGGCCGCACGUCUCUCAUUGACGCUUGGAUUACACCGAAGGGAAUUUUACUCGGUCCUUGACCCUGCCGCCGCUAACCGCCAUAAGAGGGCCUUCUGGAUUGCAUAUAUACUCGACAAGACUAUAUCUGUGAAAACAGGGUUGUCCUCUGUAUUUGAAGACGAUGCGAUAAAUAUCGACUACCCAGAUCUGAUUCUGUCUGCCUCUUCAAUAGAUGGAAACGUCCCGGGAACUAGCAUGUCAGCAUCUUGUUUUCGAUUGAAGGCCGAACUAGCCAUGAUUGAAUUCAGCGUCGAGAAAAGGCUCUACUCCGGAUCGGCUGCAAGGCAGAAUGUACAUCAGCUUUUGGGCCUUGUGGCGGAGCUUGACCAUCAACUGGAGAAUUGGAAAGCGAAGCUUCCGUCGAGUUUUCAACCUGAUGGUAUUGUCUGGUCAACAACGCCAACAAUCAGGGAGCCUAUCACCUUAUUACAUUUUGCUUACUAUUGCACCCUCAGUGAGAUUCAUGGCUUUGCAGCACACCUUAACCAGCAAGGCGAUAUUAGUGCAAUUCGACAAAUUCAGUCAUCAAGGAUCAUUCAGGCAUCGGCAGCCUCCCGAAUAAUCUAUAUACUGCAAUACUUGCCUUUUGAGCAACCUGGACAUCUCUGGCAUCUUCUAUGCUAUCCUAUAUCUGCCUGCAUCACUCUGGUGGCGAUAGUGCUUGAGAACCCUACGGAUGCACAAGCACGUUCCCACACACGAUACAUUGGUCAUCUCGUCGAAUUCCUGACAAGGGUCCAACAUGACAAGGUCCUCGAGGUACAAUUAUUGCUGGAUUUGUGCUCCGAAUUUGAAAGACUAGCGCUCCAUGCCAUUUCCAAAGCAGCAAACGGCACGGAGACUUCGACUUCACCAGGCGUUAGUAUCGCCUCAGAUCUUCAAGGUUAUGGACAGAAAAUUUUGUCUUAUGCCAACGGCAGAACUAGUAGUAUGCAGCUUGCACACGGGCUUAUGGGCAACAUACCCCACCUAUGUUCCAUUGCUGCCAGGACCUUUUCUGGUCUAAUUCCUAAACUGCAGAUAUCUCUAUCUGCAAGCCUACUUUCACCAUCGUCGUUAAAUCCAGAAACGUACGGAUUCACUUUUAUGUAGAUUCGGAUGACGACUAGUCUAUGACAUUGUGGCUAGAAACGAUAUAGGUUAGUCAAUUAAGUCUCCUGAUUUUGUUUCGUUCCCACCCUAUCGGCAGGCAGGGUUUCGGUAAGGGUGCA